ACAUGGCCCUGUGUCAGAGGUGGCGGCGGCUCCGGUUGCCGGGCUUGCAAACCUGCCGGCUACACACGGCAGCUGUGCCAGCCCCUCCACAGUGGUUGGCAGAGCGGCUCGGCCUUUUUGAGGAGCUAUGGACUGCUCAAGUAAAGAAGUUAGCAAGCGUGGCACAGAAGGAGCACCGGACUAUUAAGAUAUCACUUCCUGGAGGCCAGAGGGUGGAUGCUGUGGCAUGGAGCACAACCCCUUACCAGCUAGCCCAGCAGAUCAGUUCAACAUUGGCAGAUACUGCAGUGGCUGCUCAAGUGAAUGGAGAACUUUAUGAUCUGGAACGGCCUUUGGAGACAGAUUCUGACCUCAGAUUUCUGACAUUCAGUUCUGCAGAGGGCAAAGCAGUGUUCUGGCACUCCAGCACCCAUGUCCUGGGAGCAGCAGCUGAACAGCUCCUUGGUGCUGUCCUCUGCCGAGGUCCAAGUACAGAAUGUGGCUUCUACCAUGAUUUCUUCCUGGGAAAGGAACGGACAGUCCGGGGCUCAGAGCUGCCUGCUUUGGAGCGGAUUUGCCAGGAACUUACAGCUGCUGCUCAACCCUUCCGGAGGCUAGAGGCUUCCCAGGAUCAGCUUCGCCAGCUCUUCAAGGAUAACCCCUUUAAGCUUCGCCUGAUUGAGGAGAAAGUGACAGGUCCAACAGCAAUAGUAUAUGGGUGUGGCAUGCUGGUAGACCUCUGCCGGGGCCCCCACCUUCGGCAUACUGGACAAAUUGGAGGACUGAAGCUGCUGACGAACUCGUCAUCCCUGUGGAGGUCUUCAGGUGCCCCAGAGCCACUGCAGCGAGUGUCAGGGAUCUCCUUCCCCACAAUGGAGGAGUUGAGAGCCUGGGAAGAAGGGAGGGAGGAAGCGGAGUUACGGGACCACCGGCGCAUUGGGAAGGCACAGGAGCUCUUCUUCUUCCAUGAACUGAGCCCCGGGAGCUGUUUCUUCCUGCCUCGAGGGACGAGGGUGUAUAAUGCACUGGUGGCUUUCAUCAGGGCCGAGUACACCCGCCGUGGUUUUUCUGAGGUGAAAACCCCCAUACUGUUUUCUACGAAGCUCUGGGAGGUGUCAGGACACUGGGAGCAUUAUCAGGAGGAUAUGUUUGCCCUGCAGCCCCCAGACUCUGACAGGCUCUCCAGCUCCCUGAGUGACCACGCUACUAGCCAUCCUGCAGACACACUCGCCCUGAAGCCCAUGAACUGCCCUGCACACUGCCUGAUGUUCGCUCACCGGCCCAGAUCCUGGCGAGAGCUGCCCCUGCGCCUGGCGGACUUCGGGGCCCUACACCGGGCCGAGGCCUCUGGCAGUCUGGGGGGACUGACCCGGCUGCGGUGCUUCCAGCAGGAUGACGCUCACAUCUUCUGUGCACCGGAUCAGCUUGAAACAGAGAUACAAGGCUGUCUUGAUUUCCUCCGCUCUGUUUACACUGUCCUUGGCUUCUCCUUCCGCCUGGCUCUAUCCACCCGGCCAUCUAGCUUCCUGGGCGAGCCUUGCCUUUGGGACCAGGCUGAGCAGGUCCUUCAACGGGCCCUGGAAGAAUUUGGAGAACCCUGGGAACUCAACCCUGGAGAUGGUGCCUUCUAUGGGCCUAAAAUUGAUGUGCACCUCCGCGAUGCCCUGGGCCGGCCCCAUCAGUGUGGGACAAUCCAACUUGACUUCCAGCUGCCCCUGAGAUUUGACCUCCAGUACAAGGGGCAGGCGGGGGCCCCAGAGCGUCCAGUCGUCAUUCACCGAGCAGUGCUAGGUUCUGUGGAAAGGAUGUUGGGAGUGCUAGCGGAAAGCUGUGGUGGAAAAUGGCCACUGUGGCUGUCCCCGUUCCAGGUGGUGGUCAUCCCUGUGGGAACUGAGCAAGAGGAAUAUGCCAGGGAGGCGCAGCGGAGGCUGCAGGCUGCAGGGCUGGUCUGCGACCUGGAUGCCGACUCGGGGCUGACGCUCAGCCGGAGAGUCCGCCGGGCUCAGCUCGCCCACUACAAUUUUCAGUUUGUGGUUGGCCAGAAAGAGCAGAGUAAGAGAACAGUGAACAUUCGGACUCGAGACAACUGCCAGCUUGGAGAGCGGGACUUGACUGAGGCCGUGCAGCGGCUGCUGGAGCUGCAGAACACCAGGGUCCCAAACGCUGAGCGAGUGUUCUGAGCUUUCAUAUACAGUUGCGGCAGAGACUCGCGGGAGCUGCCAGCUUCCCUUCAGGUGGAAGAGCCCGAACUGACCACCAGAAUCUGGAGGCCCCCAGGCCCCUCAGAACAAGUGUGGAGGCAUGAGCUUGCUCUCCUGGAAAGAGACUUGAUCUGGGGGAAGC